AUGAUUAAACCAGAUCUUCAAUCACCAUUACCACAAUCACCACAACUUCAAUCAUUUGGAAAUAGAUCAUCUGAUAUUGGAACAGAGGAUGGAUUUAUGAAAAAGUUAGAGGCUAUUGCCAGCACUGCACCAAAUGAUGCUGUUAAACAAGAAUUUAUCACCAAAGAGGUGCCAGCCAUCAACAAGCUCUUUACACGAUUCCUCAAAAACAGAAAAAAGGUUAUUGACUGGGACAAGAUCAGACCACCACCAUCGGAAAUGGUCAUCAACUACAAGGAGCUCUCUGGUUGUUCACAAGAACAACGUAUCAAUCUUGCCUCUAAACUUGCCGUUCUUAAACUUAAUGGUGGUUUGGGUACUACUAUGGGUUGUACAGGUCCAAAAUCUGCCAUUGAAGUUAGAUCUGAAAAAACAUUUUUAGAUUUAUCUGUUCAACAAAUUAAACAUAUGAAUGAAAGAUAUAAUAUUAGAGUACCAUUGGUAUUGAUGAAUUCAUUUAAUACUCAUCAAGAAACUGGAAAGAUUAUUCAAAAGUAUAAAUAUUCAGAUGUCAAGAUUCAUUCAUUCAAUCAAAGUCGUUUCCCACGUAUUCUUAAAGACAAUUUAAUGCCAGUUCCUGAAAAGAUGUAUGGCAAUGAUGCUGAAUGGUAUCCACCAGGUCAUGGUGACGUCUUUUUCGCUUUACAAAAUUCUGGUCUUUUGGAAACUUUAAUCAAUGAAGGAAAGGAAUAUUUAUUCAUUUCAAAUGUUGAUAAUCUUGGUGCUAUCGUUGAUUUUAAUAUUUUAAAUAUGAUGGAUACAACAGGAUGUGAAUAUGCAAUGGAAGUAACAAACAAGACAAGAGCAGAUGUAAAAGGAGGUACAUUGAUUGAAUAUGAAGGUAAAGCCAAAUUGUUGGAAAUUGCUCAAGUUCCACCAAACCAUGUUGAAGAUUUCAAAUCAAUCAAAAAGUUUAAGAUCUUUAAUACAAACAACAUUUGGGUUAACCUUAAAGCAAUUGAUAGAGUUUUAAAGGAAUCUUUAUUAGAUGAUAUGGAUAUUAUUAUUAAUCCAAAGGUUGCUGAUGGUAAAAGUAUUUUACAAUUGGAAAUUGCAGCAGGAGCAGCAAUUCAAUUUUUCAAUAAUGCAAGAGGAGUAAAUGUACCACGUGAACGUUUCUUGCCUGUAAAGUCAACAUCUGAUCUUUUUAUUGUACAGUCUAAUCUCUAUUCACUUGAGAAUGGUAUGUUGGUGAUGAACAAGAAUCGUCCAUUCACCACGGUUCCAUUGGUCAAGCUUGGAGACAAUUUCAAAAAGGUAUCAGACUAUCAAGCACGUCUCAAGGGUAUUCCAGACAUUCUCGAACUCGACCAACUCACAGUCAGUGGUGAUGUCACAUUUGGUGCAAACGUUGUCCUCAAAGGUACCGUCAUUGUAGUCGCCAAUCAUGGAUCAAGAAUAGAUAUUCCAGAAGGUGCUGAAUUUGAAAACAAAGUAGUAUCUGGUAAUCUUCGUAUUCUUGAUCAAUAA